UGCACCAAAUAAUAUUUUUCCAAGGGCCCAAAUAUUGAUCCAUUUAUUAUUUCAUCAAAAUCAGAAAUAGGAGACUACUCUAAGAAGCAAAGAAGAGCCCUAUUGCCCUAUUUUUUCUUUCUUUUUCCCUCUUCUCUCUGUCUUAAUUUUUUUUUUGUUUUUUUUUUUUUGGGUUUUCGCUCCCUCGCAGAUAGAUAUCCAUUUUUUUAUUCCCAUCUCUUUCUUCGUUCGCUCUUCGUUUUCUGUCUUCAAAAACCAUACACGCGCCACUGUUGCUAGAUUCACACCAACGCUCUCUAUUUUCGUUUUAUUUUCUUUCUCCUCUGCCCCGGACUCCGAUUCCGGGUCGGGUUGUGCCCGUUUUAACGACAGUGAUGGGCGAUCUUCAUGCAAACGGCAUCGUUUUCGGGGAGGAUCGCCCGUGCGGGUCCUCGCCGCCGUCUCCGCCGCUUCCGAUUUCAAAUCCCGAUCCGUCAUCUGUGGCGGCGGAUGCCUGGGCGGCGGCCGAGCAAACCACCGGCGAGAUACUCCGCAGCAUACAGCCCACGCUCGCUGCUGACCGGAGGCGGAGGGAGGUUGUUGAUUACGUCCAGAGGCUUAUUCGGUACGGUGCGCGCUGCGAGGUUUUUCCAUAUGGAUCAGUUCCAUUAAAAACAUAUCUUCCAGAUGGAGAUAUUGAUUUAACUGCACUCAGUUGUCAAAACAUUGAGGAUGGCUUGGUAUCUGAUGUUCGUGCCGUUCUUCAUGGAGAGGAAAUUAAUGAAGCUGCUGAAUAUGAAGUGAAGGAUGUUCGUUUCAUUGAUGCAGAGGUUAAGCUCGUUAAAUGCAUAGUACAGGAUAUUGUUGUGGACAUCUCUUUCAAUCAGUUAGGUGGACUCAGUACAUUAUGUUUUCUUGAGAAGGUUGAUCGACUUGUUGCCAAGGAUCAUCUUUUCAAACGUAGUAUUAUCCUGAUUAAAGCUUGGUGCUAUUAUGAGAGCCGUGUACUGGGUGCUCAUCAUGGUCUGAUUUCAACAUAUGCUUUGGAAACCUUGGUUCUGUAUAUUUUCCAUCAGUUUCAUGUAUCCUUAGAUGGUCCUCUAGCAGUUCUCUACAGAUUUUUGGACUACUUCAGCAAAUUUGAUUGGGACAAUUAUUGUGUUAGUUUGAAGGGACCAGUUAGCAAAUCUUCUCUGCCUAAUAUAGUAGCUGAGGUUCCUGAAAAGGGAGGAAAUACCCUACUGACUGAAGAAUUCAUUAGAGGCUGUGUGGAAUCAUUCUCAGUACCAUCAAGGGGGCCUGAUUUAAAUUUGCGUGCAUUUCCCCAGAAACAUCUUAACAUCAUUGAUCCAUUGAAGGAAAACAACAAUCUUGGCCGGAGUGUCAAUAAAGGGAACUUUUUCCGAAUACGCAGUGCUUUUAAGUAUGGUGCCCGUAAACUUGGCUGGAUUCUUAUGUUACCAGACGAUAGAAUAGCAGAUGAGCUUAUUAGGUUCUUUGCAAACACUCUUGAAAGGCAUGGAAGCACUCAGAUGAAUGUAGACAAGUCAGUUUUUAGCUUAUCUGCAGCAUCCAAAAGGGAUGCGGGACCUGGAAAUCAACAUAAUUAUGAAAGCAGAGAGGAAAUACAAGAUGCCUCCUCUUUGGCAGGGGAGUUCCUUGAUUCCUCUGGGGAUGGAAAUGCAGUCGCAAGUUAUAAACUUAGUGAAGAUUCUAGGGAUUUUGCAACAUCUGGGGUAUUGGAUAUAUCAAGCGCUAAUGAUUUGUCAUAUUGUUCAAAUGGGCAAGUAGAAAGUAAUAUUUCAAGCAGUGAACCUGCUCUAAAUACUGUUAUUGAUGAAGGUAUGGUGAGCAAUUCUCCCAGAUCACAUACUGAUGAAAAGAAUAUGGCAUCUUAUGGUUCAGCUGUUUCAACAUAUGCUAAUAUCCUUGAAAAUAAUUUCUUUCAUGGUGAUAGAUACACCACUAGUGUUUCUGGGGUACUGAAGCUUCAAUGUUGUUGUUGGACCUUACUGGGGAUUAUGACAGUCACAUCGGAAACUUACAAUAUGGUCAGAUGUGUAAUGGUUAUACUGUCUCUCCUGUUGUGCCUAGCCCUCCUAGAUCUCCGAAGUUCCCAAAAAAUAGGAAUCCAUGGGAAACUGUUCGUCAAUGUGUACAAAUUAAUCACAGUCUUCGAUCUCAGGCAAACUCAAAUUGUGUUAUUGGGCAACAAGUUUACGUCAUUAAUCAUCCUACUCUUCCAAUGACAACUUUUGCUUCAGAAGAAAAAAGGAAAAUUCGAGGAACAGGCGCAUACUUCCCUAACAUGACUUCUCGUCCGUACAGGGAUAAUAGGCCAAUUCCAGGAAGGGGAAGGGGCCAAGCACCAGGUUCUCAUGGGCAUCUGCAGAGACACACUCGUAACAAUGGCUUGGCCCUAGCUCCACAAGAAAUGAAUUUGUCUUCGGAAGGAACCUUUGAAUAUUCUCUAGAAGGCUACUCUGCUAUUGGUAGCACCAAAACAAGAUCAUCUGAAACCUAUUUCCCUCAACCUUCUACAUUGGGGUCACAUUAUACCAACGGUUUCCUUCACUCAUCUGAGAAACCUGAAUCUGGAUCUGUGAUCCCUCAGCUUCGUGUAGCCUCAAGAACUGACAUGAGCAAUUAUCCAGACUCUGGGAUUUCUACAUCUAGGGGCACUGUGCCAAACACGGGGGUGGUGACAGAGGAGGAGCCUAAUUCAUUGUCUGUGGUUGAUUCCAAAAGGAUUGACGUGCAAGCUUAUCAUUUGAAGAAUGAAGAUGACUUUCCUCCACUUUCCAACUGAGUGCCAGUGAAGGAUGGUGAAUAUGUAAUAGCAUUAGCAGUAAUGGUGAAUACAUGGAAACUAUUAUGACUUGCCUACCUUUCAGCAAGUGCUACCAAAGGAUGGCGAUUUUGUAAGAAGUAAGAACAAUGUGCAUUCGUCUCAAAAAAGAAGAUAGCUUCCCUCGACACUGGGUCUCUUCUAGAGAUUGGAGAACAGAUAGAAAUGAGAGUACCAAAUAAGUAGAAAACUGCUGGGAGUAGCCUUAGAAACUAACGAAAUAGACUAAACUAGAUGGAGUGUUAUGUUAUCCGUGUUCCCUCUUUUCUUCAUUUGGUCCUUUGUACAAAAGGUGCAUGUAUAUUCUGGUUUCUUUUUUGCCUCUUGCAUCCGUUUUUAUUUUUCAUUAUUUAGGGAUGUAUAUAUCAGGUGAUUUCCUGAGGUUGAGUUUGUAGUUCUGUUCUGUUGUUUGUAGCUUUGAAGUGUACAACCGAAGGUUUAGAUAACUUACUGAAAUGGAUACCCAAAAUUUUCUGUCAGUUUCAGAAAGUAUAUUUAGGUAUUUUCCUUGGCAUUUGGGUGUUCGCCCAUGAUUUUAUUCAUGAGCUUGCUUGAUGAUCUCAAAAUUGAAGAAAGGCCUGAAUGGCUGAAAUGCUGUGUCAGUGAGUAGAGGCCACUGGAGAAAUCAGUGAUUCACCUAAAUCUUUAGCGGUCGUUUUUGUUUGCUUCCUGUUGAACAUGGUCGAUGCAAUAUGAUAGAUUGGGUGUUGAAUUGUGUUUUAUUAAUCAGCAGGGAUAUAUGAAAUCUGAAGUAGUGUACUGAGGAAAAGAUGACGGAGUCUCUCUUAAGAUUUAGUCUUUAUGUGAAAAGAAAACAGUGAGAGCUUAUUGAAAUCUGGAAAGAGUUUGAAGAGGAUUAAAGAAAGCCUUCAAUAGAAGCAUUACACAAGACUUCAAGUGUUUUUUUGUCUUUCGUGAAUGUAGUCUUUUUAGUAAACUACAGUGACUUUAUUCGGUUCAUUUUGUGAUUUCACUUGGUGAGAUUAGCCCAGCCCCAGAUGUUACUGUAUCUGAAUAUAGAUGCUUGAUGCGUGGCUGAUGUUUUUCCUAGCAAUAUGUCUUUAAUUUUAUAUAGAUUAAGACGAAAUAUUUCAAUUUAUAUGAUAUUUUAUAUUUAUUUUUGUUGA